AUGGACACGACCAGGACUAAGAGCCCUCGCAUUCAACCGCGAUUCAGAACGAAGGCACUACAGAUUCUCGUGCUGACAGUCACCAAGCUAGCAACCCAAAGAUUUAUCAGCAAGCUCUUCACGCGAUCUAGCGGCACCAUACUCUAUCUUAAUUUCUGUAUCAAAUUUGGAGACUCCGUAACCCUCCAGGAAGCAGAUACACUUCAAUUCAUCGCACGGCAUACCUCUGUUCCUGUACCAAAGGUUUAUCAUGCUUUCAUACACCAUGGCAGGACCUAUAUACUUAUGGAACGGAUUCGUGGCGAGACUAUUGCGAAGAGGUGGCGUUCGCUUUCGGCUACGUCAAAGUCAUUAAUUUUCAGCCACCUUAAACGAAUGGUAGAAGAACUCCGGUCUAUACCUUGCCAGGCCGAUGGCGUAUCUAAUGUAGACGGUGGUCCAAUACACGAUUAUCGGCUUCCUCAAACGUCCUCCUGGGGACCUUUCGACACUGUAUCCGACUUCCACUUGGCCCUCAGGAAUAACGUGACUCUCAAUCCUGCUGUUAUAUCAGAUGUAAAGCAACUCGUUACGUUCCAUGAGUCUGUGGUACGCCCACCGGUCCUCACGCACGGUGAUCUGAGCAGCCUUAAUAUACUCAUCCGCGAUGACACAGUAGUUGGUAUCAUUGACUGGGAUACCGCGGGGUGGAUGCCUUACUACUGGGAGUACACAACGGCAUGGCAUGCAAAUCCUCAAAAUCAGUUCUGGCAGAAUGAAGUGUGUAACUUUUUAGAUCCACAGGAAGAAGAAUUGAGUAUGGAGAAAGUUAGGCGUACGUAUUUUGGGGAUAUAUAA